AGUAGUGACAAAGAAAAUGAUAAAGUAACUACUAUUAUGAAGCAAAUUGAUUAUGAUAAAUUUACUUCAACUUUCAAUAAAAUGGAAAAUGAGAAGAAGUGGGUUCUAUCGACUGGCAAAGUAAUUGAAGAUGAACUGCAUAAGUUUGGUUUAAGAUGCAAAAAUGAACACUUAUGUCAUUCAUUUACACUAGAUCCAAAUGAUGAAAAUUACAUCAAAGAGAAUGUUUUUACAGAUGUUGAAUUGGAUGAAAUUCGUUCUUUUGAAUACAAGUCAUUUCCUGAAAUGCCCAAUGACUUAUUGGAGUAUCUUACAACUUUCAAUGUUUCUACUACCUCUGAACUGAGAAAAAAAGUUUUUAAAGAGCCAUCUUGGAACAAACCAUAUAAUC